AUGAUCAAGUUGUUCAUCCUCGCUGUCACUGUCGCUCUUACUACUCUUAGUGGUUCUAGUACCAUCACUGAAGACAACUGCGUGCUGAUAGACUUUACUGCUGAAGAGGCGGAGUUUGAAGAUUUAAAUUGUAACGGAGUGAUGACGGCAGCGUCAGGAAAUGACGACGCACGCCUCGAAGUACCGAAGAUCACCGAGGAUGGCGACUCGGAGUAG